AUGCGCGAGGGCGUUGUUGCCACGCCCAAGCGCCAACUGUUGACAUCAUACCACCUGUAUGAUGUCGCCCGCGUCGUCCACCUGUAUGAGAAUAGGCGUCGUCUGUAUCUGUCCUCUGAUAUGAGGUUACAACCGAUAGCGUCACUAAAAGCGACACUGAAGUCGGAUUUGGAGCUUCACAGCCAUGUCACGUUAGCCGCGGACUCCCAGUGGCGUCUGCGUUGAAGUUUUGCGAUGCGUCUUUAGAAAAAGAGGAAAGAGCUGCUGCAAAGGGAGCGAUGAGUGUGAACCAGCGGGACUUUGCACCGAGGUCCGGGGCUGAAGGGGACGCGGCAAGGUACAAAAAAGAUUCAUCCCAAACGUGCUCGCUGCCCAGACUCCUUCCCAGCCAACGCCCAUUGCAAACUAAGACGUACGUUUACAAGGCACAAGAGGACAAACUGAAUCCGUACAGACGCUCCGAAGCCUUGAAACUGAAGUUGCCACCAAUCAGGGACACCGCAAAGUUGAGGGAGCAGUCGACGAACAACAUGAAGGAGCUAAAGAACCAGAAUUAUGUGCUGCAACAGCAACUGAAAGAUUCCAAGACGGAGAAUAAACUGUUGAAGAAUGUCCUGCACCGCCACACGGUGGCCCUGCAGCAAUUUCAAGAUUUGGAAGGGAGCAUUUCUCAGAUACAGGACCAGCACAGAAACGAAGUGAAAGCUUUGCGGAAGUUGCUCUCCGAGACGCGCUCGAGCCGCGAUAAGCUGGCGAGGAAGCUGCAGAGCACAGAGAGGGAGUUGUUGGACUGCAAAGACCGGAUCAAUCACCUUCAGUGGAGGGUCAACCAGAAUCCCAACCUGCUGGAGAAGGAGGAACUUACCCGCAGGCUAACUGAGUUCACUAUACAUCUGGAGGAGAAGGACAGGAGGAUACAGUUCUUGGAGAAGAGCAACAUGUUGCUACAAAGCUCACUCAAUCGGCAAGUAGCAACAGAAUACAAAAAGAUGUUCAAGACCAACGCGAUAUGUCUGGGUCUACAAACUGCAGUUUGUGAAUUGUCCAAGAAAACUCAACCGGACAGAACAAGAGAAGCAGAGACAGAUAAUAUUAAUAUUAUGCGAUUGCGAAAACAUGGGAGAAAAGCCAAACAAAGCAAAAUGGUCCAGACGGAGGAACGCGUCUCGGCGACCAGCGAGGCUGGCGAUCGGGUGAAGUCAGACGUUUCGGAGACUGAUGAGAAGCUCCGAAGGUGGCAGAGUUCUGACAACACGGAUUAUCUGCGACGUAAAUCUCAUACAAGUGAACAAAGAAGAACGAACAACCAGAAUUAUUCUGGUACAAAUGCAGUUUCAGCCUAUGGGGAUAUCCACCAGCGCCACGAGGAAAGGAAGCACUUGUCGGAAGAUACGCAGGAGUCAGAGGAGGAGAGUGAGGAGGAGGAGAAUGAGGAAAAGCAAGGGAGUAAAGAUGAAGAAGAGGAGGGGGGUGGAGAGAAGGAGGAGGGGGGACACGAGAAUGAGCAUAGGGAAGGGGGGGAGAGGUCAGAAGAGAACAACGGGGAAGGGAAGGAGGGAAAGGAGGAGCAUAAUGAGGGAGACUAUGAGGAGGGGGGAAUGGAGCAAAAUGAGGAGGAGGAUGAAACUGAGGGGAAAGAAGAGAAUUCGGAGGAAAUGAGAUUUGGGGAGAAGUUUGAGGAUAUGACAGGGGAAUAUGAUGAUGAUGAUGAUGAUGAGGAGGAGGAGGAGGAGGAGGAGCGAGACUAUGAGGAAGAAGAGGACAAGUGGGAGGAGAAGGAGUGGGAGGAGCAGGAGGAGGACAACGAGGAGGAAGAGAAAGAGGACAAGAAGGUGAAGAAUAUGAAGUUGGAGGAGGAGAAGCAGAGAGCAAAAGAGCAUGAGAAGCAGAGAGUAGAAGAACAGGAGGGGGAGGAGGAGAAUGAGUUGGAAGAGGUACGGGAGAAUAUAGAUGACAAGGGGAGGGUCGAGGAAGAGGCCAAGGUAGAGCAAAAGGAGAGGGGAGGGACAAAGGACAGUGGAGAAAAGAAAGAGGAGGAGGUGGACGACUUGGAGGAGGAGGAAGCGGUGCUGGAAGUAGUCGAGGAGGUGAAACAACAAGAGAAGAGAAAGGAGAAAGGAGCUCAGAAAGACGCGAGGACAAACAAACAAUGCUCUUUGUCGUGCGUACUCAACGAGCCCAAGGUGGUCACGCCGCGUGAACCAAAACGAUGCCCGCGGCCCAAAAUCCGACGCAAGUACAACUUCACCCCGGUCACGAAGAACUUGCAUCUGGGCAAACCGGCCUACAGCGGCGUGCAGCUGAGGUGCUACAAGGGGGCAAACGUGCCGGUCAAAGAGGAAACCCUUUACUGCCGCAAUCGGAGACGUUCUGCGGAAAUGGCGGAGGACAUCUACCUGAGUGACGAACAGACGAGCCAACCGGACGCCGCCAGCGACGGCUCCGAUGCGGAUUCCAAACAUACCGACUCGCCUUCGUGGACUUAGAGAGCAGUACUGACGAACGGACACAGGCUCUGCGGAGAGUUGGGUCAGUGGUAAACGUGCAACUGCGCUAUGUGCCCAAUGGACCCCAUUGAUUCUCGGGAUGUGUAAAGACACUGAAGAUAUUGUAUAUAUGUAUAUUAUGACUUCAUUAACUUCCUGGUUUGUUUGAGAACAGGAUUAUGCAAAAACUUCGAAUCAAUUUCAAUGAAACGCUAGAGAAGGUAGAACGUGGACCACGGGAGAUCGAUAACCGUUCAAUUCUUUUCAACUUCCCCUUUCAGCAAUGGAGUGGAAGGUUCCAGAGGAGCAGGUUUUCUAGUCAUAGUUGUUAACUCAACGAUUUUGCCGGCGACCAUUGUGGCCUUUUCCAAUAAAUUAGUGCGUCCGGAAAAAAAAAAAAAAUCUUCAUUGCGUGCUGUUUGUAACAUUGAAAUCUCAGAAUUACCUUAUGUAUUUGGAAAAACCUUCCUCCACAAAACGUAAACUAGUCAAAUGGAAAAAUAAGUACAGUGAAGCCGAUAUGCUGCAUACCCACGUGGAGUACAGAGAACAUACUGUGUAAUGCCCCCAAGCCCUGCCCACACGCUUUUAUCACUUUAAAUGUUUUCAAUCGCUUUUGGUGGCUGUUCUCCAUUAUUAGGUGUCAAGAAAAAAAAACGACGCUAAUAUAAUGUCCUUAAAAAAAUGAAAUGACUCGUCGUGCAAUUGUCCAAUUCAGGGGUAAAGCCUCCUUGACUUUUUUUUUCCUCCCAGUACAAGUUUACUGUAAAAGACCGAAAAGAUGGUGGAUUAAACCAUCUUGAAUGUAGGUGUAAUUUCAAUGCCUUGAAUUUACAUUAAUCAUAAACCUUCAAACAACGACUUGAACUUACAUGGAGAAGCAACAAAUACAAAAAUCAUACUGUACAUACAAAAAUCAUACUGUUCAUAACUUAUUCCCGUUCUUUUGCCGUUUCUAUUAUGCUGCAUAUAUUCCACCAGACCUCAAGUGCUGCCCACCAUAUUGCAUAGAAUUACACUGAGGACAUGGAAUUAAAAUUUGGAAAUUAAUGCAUAAAAAUUGCUUCAAUAUUUGCAAUGUAUUGGGGGUGUGACACUGGUGUAGUAUUGCUACUUCAAAAGCAAUUGAAAGUCAACAGCCUCUGAAGUAUUAAGAACGUACGUAAAGUAGUUCAUUUUUAAAUGAUUUUUUUUUAAUUGACUAAAGUUCUUGCACAUUUUUACACAUUUUGUAAAAAAAAACACACUUUAUUUUUUUUAACCAUUUUAAAAUGUCAGGUAAGUUACAUAAUUUGCUUGAAAUUGUAUUUUAUUUACUACUCUUUGUUUUUGUACAUUGGGUUUAUUUUUAUACAAUUUGUUGUGUGAAUUUUUUUAUACCACAAAUUAUUUUUGCACAUUGCUGUUGCAAUUUUUUCCAACUAAUAAACCAGAUGACAGUAAUAUUGUUUGCCUGGAUCAGUGAUUGUCGCUGUGGUGGUCUGCAAGCUGACUUUUGUGUAGGGUUGUCAAACUCAUUUUUGUUGCGGGCCACAUUUUAGAUAUUUCACUCAGAGGGCCAUUAUGACUGCUUUAAUUGCCUCAUAUUUACACAAAAUUUAGGAACUAGUUUUGG